GUGUUCCUAUCUAUUAUAGAGCCUAAUUAACAUGUUCAAACCAAUUUCAAGCCAACACUUCAAGGUUAUACUAAUUACCUACUUAUUUAGAAGACCUAUGUCAUGUCAUAGUAUCCUAAAAAAAGAUUGAACUUGAUAAUUAUUCUUAAAUGAACCAUUACUAAUAAACAAAAAUACCUAAAUAAUAAGUAAGUAACUUGAAACAAAGAACGUGUUCAGUUCGGUGUCGUGUUUGCGGAUAGUGCAAGCCAGUUAGUUUAUAAAUGAGCGUUGAAAAUGACUCGUUAGCAGUUUUAUCCUUACUCAGCUAGAGUUCGCAGCGUUAAAUUUUUCUAAUUUAUAAAAAAUUAAAUUACAUAAGUAGUUUAAUUAACUUGAAUCGAAUCGUAAAGUUUUAAUUUUUUUAUUACUGUGAAAUUUUAAAGCUAUGGCCUUCCUUCAAGGACCAUCGCCAAAGCAAGAAGAGAUGAUUAAACAAGAAUUGAAUGAAAUGCCCGGAGACCUGGAGAGAGGGAUCCGGGACCUUCGUAGCAUGUGUGCGGCGAACCCUUACCUGCCAAAUCCAGAAUCUUUAGAAACACAUUUUCUAUUGAAUUUUUUGCGAGGGUGCCGUAUGGACUUCGAAAGAGCUAGAAAAAAAUUGGAAACAUUUUGCUACUCUCGCUCGCGGUACAGAGACCUCUUUGAACAUCGCUCGCUGAACGAACCACCUCUAAAUGACGUGUGCAAGUUUAUAGAUAUAGUACCCCUCCCGAAGUUAACAGACGAGGGUCUUCGCGUCACAAUCUUCAGAAUGCGGCCGAACUAUCCGGAGAGUUCAGCCGACAUAGCGGCGACCGUGCGCGCGGUGCUGCUCAUCAGCGACGCUAGGAUGCACGACGAGACUCUGAUCGCUGGAGAUGCCUUUAUAUGGGAGUGUUCCCACAUGCGCGCGUCGCUGGCGACCCGCGUGGCCAUGGCGGCGGGCGCGGUGCGGCGCAGCAUCCACCUCGCGCAGGCCGCGUACCCGCAGCGCAUGCGCCGCAUACACGUGGUGGGCGCGCCCUCCCUCAUCGCUUCCUCCAUCAACCUCAUGCGAUCCUGCGUCAACGAGAAAGUCAGGAAACGGUAUUACUUGCACUCGAAAACGGAAGAGUUAUUCGAUCACUUCCCGUCAAGAGUGCUGCCAGUGGAGUGGGGCGGUGAAGAGGAGUCUCUAGAGAUUCUCGCGAAGAAAUGGCGCCGUCGUGUUGAUGAUUUACGAGAAUACCUCCGGCACCUCAGCGAGCUGUGUGACGUCACGCCCGAUGAAGUUUACGAAGACGAUAUCUAUGGCGCAGUCGGUUCCUUUAGACAACUCCAAAUCGACUAGUAUUAUGCGUAGUUCUAUUUGACCCUUGGUAUUAUUUUUACAUUGGAGCCUCUAUAGGUAGCUCAUAUUAUUAUUAAUGAUAGUUCAUAUGGUAGGUAGUUAACUAUAAAUUAUUAUGAUUAAGUACGAUUUUUAUCUAAAUUAUGGGUUUGUUUUUAAAAACUACCUGUCCUAAUUAAAAAACCUACAUAUACCUACCAGCUGCCUACAUAUAAAACGUUAACAUAAUAAUCGACAGACAGACAGCCGGUGGGCCUAGAGACUUGAAGAGGACAUAUAUUCCUUGAGUAUCCUACACCUAAGCACUAAGGAAGGGUUUUGCGAAUAUCAUCUAACGUAAAUUCACGCGGGCCUAGCCCUGAGAAAGAGUUAGUUUAAAUGUAUGAUGUAUAUAUACCUAAUAAUAGUUAAUUUAUUAAGUAUAGGUAAUAACUAAUUAGAAAUAAUUAAAUAUAUGCUAAUUUAUGACAAAAAAAUUAAACAUUAAAAAUAUACUAUAAAAGCUCAGUGCCCCCUUCCACCGGGGGCCCCUCGCAUUUUGUUUUUCCUACCAUCCUAAGAUUACACGAAUGUCGAAUUUGUACCUCUCUAGCACAUUAGCUUAACGAGUUGUAACAUAGUACUAAAAUGAACACUUAUACCUUUGUAUUACCUCUCUAGUAGUAAAAUGAACACUUAUACCUUUGACUUUUGUUAUUAUCAAGACUUAUACUAUUUUUUUAACGUUUUUUAUUUCUCUAUGGAAGGACCAUUCUAGUUAAGCUUUAUGAAAUUGUAGUACCUAACUAGGUAGAGCUGAUUAAAAUUACAGCUAUUAAAAUUUUGACCAGAUAA